CCUGUUAUUCGCCGUAUCGGCGGCCGUUCUUUGUCGCUUCGAAUGGGGACCGUCGCCGUUGAACGCCAUUUUGAAACAAACACAGCCGAAGAGCCCGAAAUCCAAAAAAAAACUCUUCACGCCUUCGAAGCGGCACGCGCAGAACUGUCGGCUUUUCAGUUUUCAGGUUCGGUGCUGUGGGAAAACGCGAGUGCGCGGUCGAUUUUCCGGACGCUGGACGCCUGGCGGCGCCCUGUAGCGCUACAAGGAAACGUCGAGCGGGUUUUGAACAGUUUACUGUUCCGGCGAAGCAGGUAGCAUAAGGUCGAUUAUCGCUUAAUUCGGUCUGAUACGUUUGUUUUUGGAUAUGUCAAUUAUGUUGACGUUGACAUUGUUGACAGUUCGGUUCGUUCGUUUCGUUUCGUUUCUACGUCGUUUUAUCGUAAAUUCGAUUUGAUUUGAUCGACGUGAUUUAGUUUAUUAACAUUCUUAUCAGUAUCUGGGCGGCAUUCCGAGCAGUAAACAUGCAUUUAAAAUUUAUCAUCCCUCUGAUAUUCGGUUUAAUCGCAAAUCAGGGAGAAUGCGCCAGAAUAUUCGGGGCGUUUUUGUUCCCAUCGUACUCUCAUCAGGUGAUAUUCCAGCCGAUAUGGAAGGAGCUGUCAUUAAGAGGUCACCAAGUGACAGUGAUCACGCCGAAUCCUCUUAACGAUCCGAAACUGACGAAUCUGACCGAAAUCGACAUAUCUUUCACCUACAAACUGCCCGUUUUCGCUCAAAUGAUGAGCGGAUUGCAAUCGGCCAAUUCCGUGUUCAAAAAGGAACUGGGCACUUAUUUCCUGUUCACGGAAGUCUACGAAGCUGUGAUGAAUUAUGCUCCUGUUAGAGACAUCGUGAACAAUCAGAACGAUCACUACGAUCUGGUGUUGUUGCAAUACAAUCACAUAGCCCACGGGAUGUUGCCGUUCGCUCACAAGUACAAGGCCCCUCUUAUUGGGUUAUCCUCGAUGGGAGUGUACCUGCAAAUCCACGACGCCUUGGGGAACCCCACUCACCCGGUGGUCAAUCCGGAUUACAUGAUGGGGCUUUCCGGUGAAAUGUCGUUUUUCGAAAGGAUGCAAAGUUUGCUGUUUAACUUUUGGUACAGGGCCGUUUAUUACUGGUAUUUCCUGCCGAAUUCCGAUAAAUUAGCGAGGAAAUAUUUCGGAAACGAUAUACCUUAUUUGGGCGAUAUCGAGCGAAACACGAGUCUCGUUAUGAUGAGUUGCAAUCCACUUAUCAAUUCGGUCGUACCGAACGUACCGAAUCUGAUUGAAAUCAGCCAAAUGCACAUCAGAGAAAAGAAACCUCUACCGAAAGACAUCAAGCAAUACUUGGACUCGUCGCCGCAAGGUGUCGUGUACUUCAGCCUGGGCAGCAACGUAAAAAGCGCCAACUUGACUCAGGAUUUGAGAAAAACGAUCAUCAGCGCCCUCUCGGAAUUGCCCUACAACGUUUUGUGGAAAUGGGAGGCGGACAGUCUGCCCGAUCAGCCCAAGAACGUGAUGGUGAGAAAAUGGCUGCCCCAACCCGACGUAUUAGGGCACAAGAAUAUCAAGGUGUUCUUCAUGCAGGGCGGGCUCCAGUCCUUGGAGGAGUCCAUCAACAACGAGGUGCCCGUGGUUGGUAUGCCGUUUUUCUCCGAUCAACCGGCUAAUAUGAGGAAAGUCGUGGAGCUCGGAAUCGGUCUUAUGCUCGAUCACAGAACGGUAACAAAGCGGAAUAUUGUCGAUUCUUUGAAGGAGGUGGCGGAAAACAAAAAGUACAAAGAAAACGUGCUGAAAAGCAAGGCGAUCUUGAUGGAUCAUCCGGUGAGGAACGCAUCGCAGGCGGCUUGGUGGAUUGAAUACGUUUUGAGACAUAAUGGCGCGAGGCACAUGCGCAGUUCGGCGGCGGAUAUGACGUUUUUUCAAUAUUUUAUGCUAGACGUGGUGGCGUUUUUAUUGACGUGUGUCAUUACAGUGGCGUACGUCCUGAUUAAACUGCUGAGAGUAUUUAAAAAAUUGGUCGUUAAGGAUAAAAGUAAGAAAGCGGGACAGAAGAAAGCGAAGAAACAUUAGGGGGGGGGCUUUUGUAAUAAUUUUUCUAAUGUGUAUAAAUGUGUAUUUUUGACAGAACGAACAAAAACGAACAAAUAUAUUAAUAUUAGCAAAUUUAUUUUUAAAUAGAAUACAGUCUGUUAUUUCCCUACCUAACUAUAAGAAGCCUGUACAAAAAUCUCCGCUUAGAUAUAAAUAUACUAUAUGUACAAAAAUAAAAAAAAAUAUCAAAAAACAGCUCGACCAAGUACAAAAAAAUGUAUUUUUUUUAAUGAAUUACACCACUAAUCACAAAUAAAAGUAAUUAUCGUUUAAAUUAGGUACUCUGCUAGGAAGUACUUUAGAAUUUUUUUUAUUCAAUUCGAUUGAACCUCUAUAGGCGGUUUUGACGUGUGUGUUCUGUCAUUUAAGAGAAAGCAUGGCACACUUUUCGAAAGCUAUUACGUAUAGGAAUCGAUCGGAAAAAUGAGCAAAUUUUCGAGAUUUAUUUUCCUAUGAUAACCAGAGGACUAGUAUCGAUAGUAAUCGACAGCAUCGACUAUCGAAUCGAUAGCAGAUAAAACAUACUACAUUCAGCGAUAUCGAUUCCUUCGGCAUACGGAGUUCUCUAUAUGAGAUUCCAAGUUUCGUAGAUUCUCCGAGUUUCUUUGAUAAAACCAGUUUAAAAAUUGCAUUUAAUAAUAAUAUACAGAGUCUUCCCUUAAUCGAAAUAGAUUGGGACAUCCUGUAUAUAUGUUACAAGGCAAAAAAUACGGAAUAAAUUAAAAUACGAUUUUAUAUAAUAAUUAACUAUAAAUCUCACGUUCAUAUUAAAAAUACAUACAUACUUAAUAUACACAUAGUUAGAAAUAUACGAAAAAACAUACAUAAAUAUAUUUAUUCGUCGUUUUCCGAAAUUAAUGUUUACUUUGGUACAAAAAAGAGAAACUAAAUAUUGACUACAGUUCCAUCGAAAAUGCUCAUUAAAAAAAAAUCCCCAGAUCUGGGGAAAUACCGGUACACGUGGCGUCGACAUUUCCCCAGAUCUCCCGAAUUUCCAAGCGACUUUCAAAAACAACGUAGCCAUGACUGAACGAUAAAGAAAAACACACCCUGUAUAUCGUGUAUAAACAUUUACACUUAUCACUAUCCAUUCUUGUAUAAACAAAGUAUAAAAAAUAUCUCUUUUCCUUCCUGCUAUUAUAACCAGUAUGUUUUACCUGCUAGUUAAGUUAACGUACGCGUAUAAGCAUGAUUAAGGGUUAUU